AUGCCGACAGAUGUGCCCCAAGACGGACUCAAGACCGAGGAAGAGACCCUCAAGUGUGACCCCAUGACCCUGUCCAGCACGCCGACCGUCCGUCGAGGUAGUACCCCGUUGCCAAUUAAGCACCAGCUUCGGCGGGAGGAGGCCGUGCACGAUGACUGCGACUGGUCCUCUGACGCUGCCUGCGGAACCUCUGUCCCGCCGCCACUCCGCUUCAGCCCAGCCCUGGAUGACACGACAGCAAUGACAGAGGUUGAGGGCAAGCCUGAAGGCCCUCUGAGGAUCGCCUUGCUGGGGCAGAACGGCGUGGGGAAGUCAUCACUGGCCUUCGCCUUGGUGGGGGACGGAGACAGGAUGGCGUCUGUGGAUUCUGAUGGUGAGGGUCAGUUGAGCUUUGUCACCGUGGACGACGAGGAGAGCGCCAUCCUUAUUUAUGACAACUGGAGACAUGACCUGUCGGCACUAUGUUGCGAGGUGUGUGUGCUGGUGUUCUCGGUGACCGACCGACGCAGUUUCCACCGUACGGCGCAGCUUCGCCUUCUCCUGCGGGAAACGCAGCCGCAGACUCCCAUCAUCCUCGUGGGCAACAAAAGCGACUUGGUUCGCUCCCGAGAAGUGACCUCUCAAGAGGCUAUGUCCAGCGCCGCACUCUUCAACUGCCUCUAUCUGGAGAUUUCCGCCUCUCUGGAUCACCGCACCACAGAGCUCCUGGAGAGCGCCGUGCGGCUAGCGCGAGGCCAACCCCCGUGGCCCCCAGGUACCAGCCCAGAUGACGUAGGCGCCGGAGGGCAGCGGGAGAGCAUCACCUCGCGUGCCAAACGCUUUCUGUCCAGCCUGGUUCCUCGCUACCAGCGCGAGCGAGGGGAUGCUGGCCGGUUCCUGCGGCAAAAGUCACGCUCCUGUCACGACUUGGGAGCCCUGUGA